CAAUCUAUGCUAAAACUUGUUUUCAUCGGUCAUCCAUCCAAGCGGGGGGUGAAUUGAUUUCUGCUCGUAAAUUUUUUUCAGCUUCCUGAAAGACAAUAUUCAUAGAAUAUUUAUAGUUCCUUUCAUCUCAAAACUUCCCUCCAUCAUCAGCAGUUAUGUCGUUUGCAGAAAAAAUUGGAUCUUUGAUGCAAAGACCCAAUGAGGAUCUCGUUGAUAAAGAUGAAGUCCCAACUUGGAUGAAGUAUGCUGGUCGAGGAUUAGGCACAGUUGGUGGUGGAUUUGCAAUUUUCCUCGGACUAUGGACCUGCCUUGGCAUCCUUCUUGCAGAUGUUCAAUGUCUACUAGGUGGCAUGUGGCAGAUUUUGGCAGGUUUUGCAACCAUUGUCAUUGAAGCCCCGUGUUGCUGUGUUUUCCUAGACCAUGUACAAACAAUAAGUGACAAAGUUGAUAAAAGACCCUAUUGGAAUAGAGCCGCAUUCUACAUGGUAAUUGGUAUUCCUGCUAUUUUCAUGUGUCCUGGACUUUCUACACUAAUGGGUAGUGGUUUAAUUUUUGGAACCGGAAUUAUAUACGGAAUGAUGGCUCUUGGAAAAAAAGCAUCAGCAGAGGAAAUGAGGAAUGCAGCAUCCGCCAUUACGCCCCCUAGCAAUUUACCUCAUCAACAGUACCCAACAGGAGGAGUGCCAAUCGGUUCUCGAGCAAAUUUAGUCGAUAGUGCACAACCUAUUGGUUCAUCUAAUCGCUUUGAUAGUGGUGUUUGACAACUCUCCAUAGAUCCUAGGUAUUUGUUAAAAAGAGUUGUCUUAGCAACUAAAAUUUUCCCAAGAAAUCGUUGAAGGUCAAAAAAGUGUCAAAUUGUUGAUUGAUAUUACAUUCUCCUCUCAUCUUGCGUGCCUCAGCAAGACAGUUGAGUACAAAACCUUAUAGAUGUAUCAAACUCUCAAAUGAUAAAAUGUGUAAAAAUUAGUCAGAUACUAAAAAAUCUUGUUGCUUGUUAUAUAAUAUAUCUUUUAAGCCGCUUAUCAUAAUCUUUUCCUCCAUCUUAUGUGAAAUUGUUUUUAUUUCUCUCUUGUUCUAGUUAAAGCCCAUUCACCCAUGUUGUAAUAUGCCAUUUCAAGCAAAUAUACCGUUUACCACAAUAUUAAAUCCAAUUCAAUGGCAGUUAGGAUCAUAAUUUUUCAUGUUACAGUUGAAAAAUCAACAUUUUAAUUGCAAGAGUAGUGAAGAAGAAAAUAUUUCAAGUAAUUUUUCUUUCAAGUAAUUUUUCUUUCAAGUAAUUUUUCAAAAUCACGAGGAAAAAACUUUUCUAUCCACAGCUAUUAAACUUUCCAGGUUCAUUAUUAAUGUAGCAGGGUACUUUACCUUGAUAUUUUGUAAAAUUGUAUUAGGCAAAGAGUCAAGCAAGGAACAAACUCAAUUAAAAUUGAGGAAGUAGAUUUACUUCCUCAAUUUUAAUUUUGAUGAUUAUCAAUGUGACAGCUAAUUUCAACCAUUUUUAUCAUUGAAAAACCAUCUUGUUUUCCCAAUUUUUUACUUAGAUUAUUGUUUGAGUUUACUAUUGCAUCAGUUCAACCUCAUGCUUUUUUGUAAAAUGAUUUUUUUGUUUAAUGCUAAAUCUCUUCAGAUUUUUCUCCUCACUCGGAUAGAUUGUUAAAGCGAACAUACCAGAAAAUUCAACUAAUUAGCACUAUUCAGCAGCUCAAUACAUCCUUGAGAAUAAAAUUGUAUCCAAUAAAAAGCUAAUGCAGCAGUCAAUGAUUGGCCUCUAAGCUUUUGUAUUUUCUGAAAACUAGUUGUUACAUUUUGGCUCGUUCAGCUAAGUACCUCAUGGCUUUUAUGAUCCCAAGAUGAGUUUUUACAUCAACAACUGGCAUGGUCACAACCUAUUUUCUUCAUCAUCUAAGUUUAUAUUUUCUUUUUCUCAUCCAUUUUUUAUGCAGAAACAUUUAUUCAGCUGUCACCAAACGGCAAACAAGUAUUACCUCUGUCCAAAUUGAUUAUUUUAGGAUAACACAAUACAGCAGUUAGAGACAGAAUAAAUUUAUUUCAAUGAAAUCGAAGGCUAAUGUGAAUUUUGUUGAAUUUUUUUGGACAUCUUGUCAUCUACCUGUUUUAAUGAAAAUGUGUUUUAUUGUAUCAUUGUAUCAUGUUAUGCUUUUCUCUUUUUUUUCUUGGUCCGUCUGUGAAAUAAUUAGUAUUUAAAUUAAGGACCUGUCGUUCUUUAGAGUUGCUUACUUUAAUUAUGCAGUUUAAGAAUAUUUAAGGCGAUAGGUGAUUUUCGAAUAAAGUCCUCGAUUUUUAGGUUGAGCAGUGCUUGAAGAUGCAUUUCAUGAUAAAAUAUGUGAUAAAUAAAUUUCUAACCGAAUGCUAUUGGUGACAAACAAUGGUAAAAUAAUGUGUAUCAAUGCUGAAAAGAUGUCUCUUAUAUUUUAAGUAAUAUCCUGCCACUCAGCAAGGGUGUCAUCAACCGCAUUUCUCAUUACAUCCUAAUCUAAAGAUGUUGACCACACCUUCUCUGAGAUAAAGCUGAUUUUGUCUUUUGAAAGCUAUUGCAAUAUCUUUAUUUUUUUCCUCAUGAAUUUUCCUCAACUCUCCAAUUAUUCAGUUGAUUUAAUAAGGUCUAAAAGAUUAUUUAAGUGUACAAAACUCCUAAUUUGUGCAUCUUUCAUCCGCAACAUGAGAUUUAAUUGUAUAGGCUACUUUAUACCACUAUCCAUUUUUUCCAUAGGAAUUGGAUUAAUUAUCAAAGUUUGUAGGGUUCUGUCAAACACCUAGAUAAUGUUUUGAAUGUGUCUAAAAGUUUCAAAGAGAGCUCAAGAGCACACCAUUGACCGUAGUUUUGUAGUAUAGCUUUUUUGCAUUUCUGUAUAAGCUAUGCUGUGCAAUAGUUCUUAUCUCUCACAGAACUCACAUUUCCUAGAGUUGAGUGGAUAAUUUUGAGUUUAUUUACAACUCACUGGGCAAGACUUUUUCAUCUCUGGAUCCAUGACAGCUAAAGUAAUAGAGACUCAUAUUAGCUAAGAGAAUCCAUCAGCUACUUGUAUAUGGGGUACGUUUUUGUAGAUUUUGGGCUCCUGAAAGCUAACUGCUAAACAUCACAUCACCAGUUAAGGAGCAUAGUCUUUAAAUUUUUUUUGAAAAAAAACAUUUUACAAUUAGUAAAACAGCAAAUCCUAAUUUUUUCCAUAUCUAAGUAAGAAUGUAGGGAAAGUUUUAAUCCACCUUCGUUCUGAAGAUGUUGAGCCUGUAAUAAGUUAAUUUAAAUAAUUGUCCCAUCUUAUUGAGAUGAAAGACGUAGUUACACCAGUGUUUUCUAUGAAUCCUUCAUUGCAGCAUGAAUGUUAUUCUGAUUAAAAGUUAUUUUUGUCCAUGCGUUUAAUGAGUUGUGCAAGUGAGCCCUCUAAACAGUCAUUGUUCAAGCUCUGACGCACAGAUUUAAUGGAUGAAAUCUCAUCCAAGUUACAGCAGAGAAUAAUAAUUUCUUAAAUUUGCAAUUAAUGAGUCAUCAAUGUAUUCUUUCAUUUUUACUUAAUGUAAGUAUGUAUUAACCAAUCACACUUUUUUGUGUGCACGUUGCAUUUAAAUGAUAUCAAGCUUGCUUAAAAUUGAUAUUUCAUACAGCAUUGUAACCCCCUUCCCGUCCCAUUCCUCCAAUCAAGAAAUGUUGAAUUCAUUAUUGAUUGAACUACGCUCCUUGGAGCUUCUAAUUUCUUCACUAUCAGUGUUAUACCUGGAGGUCAUCUUCAAAAUGAGAAAUUAUCACCAUUCUCCCUUGCCUUUCAUUUGUUUUACACAUUUGUCCAAACCAUCUGGACCUUUAGGAAACAAGGCUUUAACUGAGAGCAUUUUGCCCUCCAGCUUUACAUUUUUGUUCUAGUGCCGAUUAAGUGCACUCAUCAUGUAUUCCUCUUGUCAUCCUUUCGUUUUGAAUUGUUGCAUCCCUUAUCUAAGAAAAAAAUCUUGCUUUUUUGUCAAAAAUAGUUCAACUUCUCCACAUAAGUAUACAGUUAUACUCAACUCAUAAACUUUAGUUCCCACUCAGAAUAUUUUAUGAACAAGAUACUGCUUUCUUCCAAAUUAAGAAACAAUAUUUUUUACUCUCAUCGCUGAUGUAUCCAAUCCAAAUUUGAAGAUACAUAUCUCCUCAAAAUCCCAAUAUCAUGCAUCCCAAAUCUAUUGAAGAAUUCCUUAUUUUUAUAGCCCCUACUUGUUGAUCAAUCAAUUUUACAUUCCAAAUUCAUUUAUCAAAUUUUAGGACUUUCUAACCUUGUUCAAAUUUUAAUCUGAUGUCUUUUUGAGGACUAUUUUUUUUCUUAUUUUUCCUUAUCCCUAUUCUCAUUCCUUAUCUGGUUAGUUCUGAUCUUAAUUUCUAGCGUAAUUUGAGAUCAAUUUCUUUAAUUCAUGUUCUUUCUUAAAUGGGAACUGCCUGCAGUAAAACAAGUGCAUAUUAUGAUAAGUAAAUUUGUGCAAAAAAAAAAAAAAAAAAAAAAAAAAAAAAAAAAAAAAAAAAUGUAAGAUGUUAGUCCGUUGAAGGGCUGAGAUUAAUUUAUCAUUCUUCUCUUCCUUUUCUCCUAUCAUCAAUUCAUCAAUUAGAUUCUUUUUUAAGUGUAUUUCUUUAGUAGGUACUUAAUUUAUUUUAAUCAACUCAGUGAACAGAGUGGAAUUGUUACAAAGACUGUUAAUUUACUUAUGCUCUAUUUUUGCCCCUUGUCGUUCACUGAAAUUCUCUCAAGAUUUAUCAGUCUCCAGUUAAGAGAAAACUGUAGCUAAGAAAGGUACCUCAAUGAAGCUGUGUUAACAUUUUAAAGCUUGUGUGGAAAGCUAUUAUAAAUUUCCCUUGGGUUUUAAAGUAAAAAAUGUUCAUCCAUUCAUCAGUUGAUCUCAGUUGAAAGUGCAUUCUCAAAUCCUCUUUUCUCUUACCAUCUGUAUAUUUCACUACAAUGUUUUUAAAAUUCAAAGCCACCUUUUUUCCAGCUCCAAUAAUUUUUUUUUUUUUGCUCCAAGCAAUAUUUUUUUAUAAAAACUAAAAUUUUGUUAGGUAAAGCUUUCAGAGUUUCACGACAAGUCCAUUUUCUCUAAUCUUGUGAACAUUAUCUUCUACAUCAAUGUUCUCUGAAUUUUUCUAAUCAAUACUGUGAAAAACUGGCGAUUUUGCUGUUUUGUAUUUACAUGUUAUAUCAUCUUGAAGAUCUAUUGUUACUGUUAACAAUUAAUUUUAAAUAUUACAAUUACGUAUGUAGGGAUUUCUCUCAAUAUGACUAUAAUUUAUUUCUAGUAUUAUAACUCUGCUGUGUUUUUAGUCAUGUAUUGUUUUACUUGUAACCGUCUAAUUCGUGAAAAUAAAUGUAUAUAGCAUCUGA